CAUGUUUGUGCUUGUGUAAACUCCACUAGCUGCGGGGUUAUAACACACGCACACACACGUGUGUUUGCUCUCAUGGAUCGCGUGAGACAGUACUAACCUCCAUACUGUCAGGAAACGAGAAGACCACAGAGGAAUGUACUUGUUCGUGGAAAACUUCGUGGAUGCUUAGAACUUUCAGCAGACAUCAUGAGUGGUCAGAGUCCAUCACCUGCACCCGGAAAGCACAUUACCCCGGUCCAGCGGAUGGUGGCGUCCUGCUCUGGAGCCAUCCUCACGUCUCUGCUCGUCACACCAUUGGACGUUGUGAAGAUCCGACUUCAAGCACAGAAGAAUCCCUUCCCCAAAGGAAAAUGCUUUGUCUACUGUAAUGGACUGAUGGACCACAUCUGUGUGUGUGUGAACGGGAACUCCAAGGCCUGGUACAAAGCCCCCGGCCACUUCAGUGGCACACUGGAUGCCUUUGUUAAGAUUGUACGCCAUGAGGGAAUCAAGUCAUUGUGGAGUGGUCUGCCUCCCACCCUUGUGAUGGCCGUCCCAGCCACAGUCAUCUACUUCACAUGUUACGACCAGCUGUUGGCAGCUCUCAGGCUCAGGAUGGGCGGCUACGCUGAGGAGGCUCCUCUCCUGGCAGGAUCCAUCGCAAGAGUGGGUUCUGCGACAGUGAUCAGCCCCCUGGAGCUGAUGCGCACUAAGCUGCAGUCUGAGAAGCAGUCGUACGGGGAGCUGACUCGCUGCAUCCGCUCGGCGGUGGCGACGGAGGGCUGGCUGUCUCUGUGGAGGGGUCUGGGACCCACACUGCUCCGGGAUGUGCCCUUCUCGGCCAUGUACUGGUACAACUACGAGAAGGGCAAGCGCUUUCUGUGUGAGCGGUACAACUCCAGAGAACCUACAUUCACCAUCACCUUCAUAUCUGGAGCAGUGUCUGGCGCUAUUGCGUCCAUUGUAACGUUACCGUUUGAUGUGGUCAAAACAAGAAGGCAGCUGGAGCUGGGAGAGCUACAAGCAAAGCAUUUGUCCAGUGGGGUCUCAGCCUCCACCUUCAAUGUGAUGAGCAGAAUCGUGGCCCAGCACGGCUUCAGUGGACUGUUCGCAGGUUUCCUCCCCAGGUUGAUCAAAGUGGCCCCGGCCUGUGCCAUCAUGAUCAGCACCUAUGAGGUGGGAAAAGUAUUUUUCCACAAACGCAACCAGGAGCGCACACUCGGGCUACAGACCAAUGCCUGAAACUUCUCCUGGCACAUCCAAUAACUACUGCUCCUCUCUAGCUGGAAGGAGGAUGCUAAUCUUGCCAAAUUUAAAAGAAGCAGAAAUUUGAGUUCUGCAUCACAAACCAAAACUUAUUUCAAAUAUUUGUAUUAUAGUAUUUAUAAUUUAAUAUUCCAUGAUUUUAUAUGCACUGAUUAAGCUCCUGUGCACAACUGAAAAUAAAUAUUUUCAAAAUCACAUGUGGUGAGAUGCUGUGAACAGCCAGCAGAUGGCAGUUUUGUUAAUAUUGUGUAAUUUCCCAGGUUUGACAUCACUGGCUGUGUCACUGGUUUCAUGAGCAUUUAGAAGACCUUACAUUUUAUUCCACUGUGUGUCAGUGUUCCCCUAUCACCAAGAGACCAUAUCUGUGGUUUUGCACUUGAACUUCAAAUCCUGUGAAUGUGUUUGUAGAGGCCCACACUCUGUCACUUCCAGUAUAAAUAAUAACUUUACUGUUUGAAAGGGUUAUGGUUCAGUCUCUUUAGCACAGUCCCUGUGUCAGUAGAAACAACAUUGUGAUGAGAACAGCAUUGUGUCUUUUAAAUUCUUAUGUUGUGGGAAAUAUUGAGGUUGUCUUGCAAUAAAUGCUGCAGAUUGUGUUUUGUUUAAAUCCAAACCAGAGGAAGGUGGAUCAAACCAUUGUUUUUCUUGUACUGUCCUAACACACGUUUUGUGUUAUGUUCUUAAAUCGUGGAUUUAAAUUUUUUAGAUGCAUUUUG